AUGGCUAUCAUCAUUUUACCCUGGUAUAUUUAUUUCAUAAUUCGUCGAUCAUGGAUUCAAGCAAAAGCUGCAAUCAAUAUUAAAUAUACAUUACUUGACUUCGAAAGAAUACAUCCUGGCGAGAAAGUAGAAGGUUGGCAAGAAAUACCGAACGUCACAAGUGUCAGUAUCAAAGAUGAGGAAAUUGAUAAGAAACCAAGUAGCAGUCGAUAUGAUACGAACAGUAAGACAGUAUCAAAUGCUAGUUCACAAGCAACGGAAAGUUCACGUAGUAAAGGCGAUGACGGUGAACUUACAACACGUUCUAUCACUGGAAAUAAAUCAAACGAGUACCUAAAAACAAACCGACUCCAACAUAGCGACAACACUUUCUGCUUAAAAUAUAAGUGA